AUGUCAAAAAGACCAGGUUCCUAUUUCCGAAAUAAAAAGAAACAAAAAGAAGCAGAAGCUCAAAAACAAGCAGCACAAUGGGAGAAAUCUAAAAGUAAAUGGUUCAACGUUAAAAACGAAAUUGAUUCAUUAGAAGAUGGGGCUUCUGAAAAUCAAAAAAUAAAUGAAAGUAUUCAAAUUGAAAUUGAUAGUGGUUGUAGUCAAAUUGAACGAACAUCAAAUACCAAUGAAUUAAGUUUUCAAGGAAUACCUGUAGAGACUGUAGAGUUAGAUGAAAAUAUUUUAGUUGAUCAUGAUUUAUCACAUGGUAUAGUAAAGAAACAAUCAUUUGUUGAUGAAGAAAUAAAUGUGUUAAAACCCCCUGAAAUAAUAUUUAAUAAUCCUCAAUCGUGGCCAACUAUAAAUGACAAGUUAAGAUGCAUACUUGUUCAACAUGGCCCAGAUCGUGGAAAAAUGGAACAUAAGCCUUUUAAAAACCAUUGGUUUUACAAAAAAUUACCUAAUGGAGAAAGUGUUGAAAGAUCAUGGAUGAUGUAUUCUCAACCAAAUGACGCAAUUUUUUGCUUUUGUUGUCUAUUAUUUGGUAACCAAUUUACUGCUUUAAGUGAUCCCAAAAGAGGUUUUCCGUGUUGGAAAAAAAUGGAGCGCUUAAAAGAACAUGAAGAUUCUCAAGACCACAUAAAACAUUUUUUUAAAUGGAAAAUGCUUGAAAAUAAAGUAAUGAAAGGAAGGGGUAUUGAUGACUCCUUACAGAAAGAAAUAAAAUCAGAACAAGAAAAGUGGCGACAUGUUUUAAAAAUAAUAUUAGAUGUGUUACUUUAUUGUGUAAAUAAUAAUCUAGCCUUAAGAGGAAACUAUGAAGAAAUAGGUAAUCCAGCAGCGGGACAUUUUUUAAAUCUCAUUAGCUUAAUAAGUAAAUCUGAUGGAGAACAAAUGAGUCAAAUUAUCCGAUAUGUACAUAUUUCCAAUGGAAAAGUUUGUAUAGAAGAAAGUUUUUUAGGAUUUAUUUUAUCACAUGAAAAAACUGGAAAAGGCUUAGCAAGUGAAGUAUUAACUCAGUUAUCUGAUGAUAAUUUAAAUAUACAAAACUGCAGAGGUCAAGCUUACGAUAAUGGAGCAAAUAUGGCAGGGAAAUAUAAAGGUGUGCAAUCAAAAAUUAUGGAAAAAAAUAGUUUGGCUACUUUCGUACCAUGUACUGCUCAUAGUUUAAAUUUAGCUGGUGUCAACGCUGCAUCAUCAAAUGUUCAAAUGAAAAACUUUUUUGGCAAGAUUCAACAAUUAUUCAAUUUUUUUUUCGGGUUCACCUUCUCGUUGAAAAGAAUUGAAAUCAUUGAAACUCAUACUUAA